UAAUGAGCAUAAAUUUUGCUCCUAGACAUGAAAUAGAGGCAUAUCUGCUAUUCUGCUCCUAUAUUUGCACUGAUUUUGUUCUGCGGGAAAAAGGGAAAAAGAAUUAAGGAAGAGAGUCCCAAAGUUAUACUCCGUAACAACUAUACAAGGACUGUCAAUCGAAUUUCAAAGACACUUGUAUUGGGUGAAUGGCUUCAAGUUCUCAUAGAGGGGGUGAUUUCUAUGGUGCCGACCCAUUUCGGUCAAGACAAGGAUUGAGCACAAGACAAGUUGGAGGUUCAGAUGACAUACAGUUGCGUAUCGAUCCCAUGCACGGAGACUUGGAUGAAGAGAUCACUGGUCUUCGCAAGCAAGUGAAACAGCUAAAAAAUGUAGCACAGGAGAUCGAAUCAGAAGCUAAAUUCCAGAAUGACUUUAUUAACCAGAUGCAAAUGACAUUUAUGAAAGCUCAAGCUGGGGUGAAGAACAAUAUGAGGAGGCUGAACCGGAGCAUUAUCCAGGAAGGAUCCAACCAUGUGAUGCAUGUAGUUCUUUUUGCAUUGCUCUGUUUCUUUGUGAUAUACCUGUUAGCCAAAUUUUCACGACGGUAGUAUGUAGUAGGAAUUCGUCUCAUAUUCUGUGCAUUGUUAUAUCACCUAGAGCUUCUAAAAAUGAACUGAUGUGGAAGAGAUAUUGCAUUGUUACAUUUUAGUUGUGGUCAUGGGUUCUCUUGGCUGCUUGCAAUCAAAAUGUUAUCACGUCUUAGUUUUCAUGUUUUCUUCUCUAAGGAGGUGAGAUAUGCUUGCAGGUGUUCCACUCAAUGACAAUCACCUUCUAUAUUUGAAAAGGUUUAGAUCUAAUGUCAUUUGGAUUGGAAUUUACUAGUUUACUAAUCUAGAUAUUGUCUGAUUUCAUGAAGUCUUC